CCCCUUUGGCCUCGCUAUGAAUUUCAGAUUGUACAAAUGAGUUCCCAGUGUCUUUUACAGUUACGAUCGGCAGGGAGCAGACGGAAUCUAACGAGACAGGCACCGCUCAUUUAGAGACAGAAUGGUACGCCUGUCACCUACCUUAGUUCUGCUGGCAAUAACUAUUUCGUGUGGUUUGGCAUUCGUUCCUAACUCUAAUAUGAAGUGUGAAUGUACUUGUUCGCCUAUCAACAGUCCUGAAAAAAAAUACCUCGCUGUUGGAAAUUUCGAAGCUUCCAUAAAACCAAAAAGUGAAUCUGUAGCAGACACAGAAAAAGUUCCAAGUGUUCCCAUUGUGUUACAGGACUCACCCUUCAAGGUCACUGACUCUUCUAAACGUCUAGUUAAGAGUCAUGUAAAUAAAACUUCCAAAGGUAAAGAAUCGAACACAAAUUCAAAGAACGCAACCAAACCCCGUGUACAAUCUUAUUCAUCAAAACCGAAAAAAGUUAGCACAAUAUCCUCAACAUCUGCAACUGUCCAACCCAACUCUUCCAUUGAACUAAAAGUAGCUUCGUCAGCCUUUCGAAAAGCAAAGAGGACAGCAGUAAAGGAUUCAAAAGAACCUGUAGAAAACAAAUUAACAAAAGAACAAGCCGAACGCAAGGGAAUCAAUGAAAGAACUAAAUCGCAAGUCAUUACACUUGAUGAUAUUAUCUUUGGUAGAGUACCCUAUAAUUUUGGCUCUAAUGGAAUUCAAAGAAAUUUCCUGGCAGAUAUUGAAAUGAAAGAAACAACUGCUCCCAAAACAAGUGCAGUGAAUACUUCUAAAACGACUAUGCAAUCAACAACUGUCGUGGAAACUCCAUCAGACACAACUGCAUCUGCAACAACCGGCUUAGAAACGACAAUUUCAAAAACAACGCCACAGAAAACCACCACUGUCAAAAAGGCUCCACCAAAAACAAGUAUUUCAUCAAGAACAACAACUCAAGCUACCACAACAGCGACUGAGGCACCUACGACUACACCAACCACCCACAGAGCGUUUAAUCCGAUUUCUAAGCGGGGACUGUUGCCUCUUUUCAGAACGGCUUACUCGCCACAUUCAUUAACCGUAAAGAAAACAAAACCAUUGACUGAUACUACAGUACCUCCUUUCAAAUCAACAACACAAUCUACGACCAUUAAUCCAACAACAGUAACAAAGAGAACAACAACAACGCCUGUUCCAACCACAACGACUACAAAACCGACAACUCCAAAACCAACCACUCCAAAACCAACCACUCCAAAACCAACUACUCCAAAACCAACAACUCCAAAACCAACUACUCCAAAACCAACUACUCCAAAACCAACAACUCCAAAACUAACAACUCCAAAACCAACAACACGAGCCCCUACAACUACAACUACUACAACAACAACACCAAAACCGACUACCACUACGACAAAAAGACCAACAACAAAACGACAAUUCACUCCGAGAAAACAUUUCUAUAACGUUAAAGCUAGCAGCCCAACAAUGGAGAGUUCUGUUCAACGAAGGGGAAUGUCACUAAUUUCCCCAAAUCGAGCAAAUCCGACCUACUCAUUCAGCGAAUCAUUCAGGAGAAACACAAUAAAGAACCUUCUAGACGCAUUCAAACCAGAAUACAUGAAAAAAAAUUCAGUAAAGCGUACAACAGUGACACCUAAUCCACAGCCUAGGCAUGUUGAAAUACAGACAUAUCGACCUCCUACCAAGUCUUCUUAUCGACCUCCUACUAAGUCUUCAAGUGUUUCGAAGAUGCAGCUUCCUGACCAAAGUCGAUUUGGGCAAAUGGAACAGCCUCCUGCCCAGAAUAUGCCGAGCUAUCAUUUAGCUCGUUCCAUGGGAUCACUAUCCAGUAUGAACAGACAACAUACAAUGAACUCUCCUCAUCAAAGGUUUGCUGUUGUUGACUCGUCAAGCCGUAUACAGCAAGCCCCUUAUCAGGCCCAAUUUCAAAAUCAGCAACAACAUACAAGUUGGAACCCUGUACAAGAAGCAAAGAAAUGGGGAGAACCAAAAACUUGGUCUCAAAACCAACAUCGUACAGCGAAUUCAAAGAAUCAGUUGUCGUGGAACUCGCAACAACAGCAACAACAGCAACAGAACGCGGUACAGAAGAGUAAUCCGGCCUUCAUUCCGCCUGGCUUUGCAAUCGCAGGAGAGACUCCGCAUAAUCCACAUAAUCCACAACACACACAGCAGCUGAGUCCUUUCCCAGGAUUAAAUCUGCCUCCCAGGCAUAAAAGUCCUAUCGAUUUCAGAGUGCAUUAAUUUACCUAAUAUGCAUAUUCCAGGGAAUCUGUUGCUUUAUGCUAUAUACGGUCUGGUGACUUAUGACUUAUACUAGUGAAAUCAGUCAUUUUGUUAUAUUUAUUUAUUAUUUUUAUCUUCUUUCAAUAAAACAUGCGUCUUUU